AUGCGUGUGCUGGUGGCUGAGACAGCCAUGGCCAGAAACAACUUUGAAACAAAUACUACCUCACCACCUGAAAUGACAACUUCAGGUGACUUGUGCAGCUCAAACCCUUGUGGAAAAGCUUUGGCUAAAUGUGUUGCUUUACAUAGCAUUUUUAACUGCCUGUGCGACUAUGGAUUCUACUACAGAGACAAGGAUUGUCACAAAGCGAAAAUAUUCCCAGGAGUCAUUACACUGACAGAAUCUUACAGUGAUGGUGUUCAAGUUGUAAAUUCCACACAGUAUGAAGCAGUGUUCCAAAAUAUAACAGAGUUUUUUGAGGAUGCCUUCAUAAAUGUAUCAGGCUUUGAACAGACUGUCAUCGUGAAAAUUGAGAAGGUUUGGACGCAGUUGUGGGAAGCCAAGAAACAGAAGGUCAGAAGGUGUGACGGAAACAGGACCUUAACUGCUGCAAAAUAUUGUGAUGUUUUCAAUUGUGAUAAUGAUACCACAACCUGCAAAGAAAAUGUGUUUCCAGAAUGCCAAUGCCGAAGUGGUUUCUCAAAGACAGAAUGGGAUGUUCGUUCUUGCUCAGAUUGCGAUGAAAACUGUUCUGCAGAAGAACAUAAGUACUGUGCAAAAGAAAAUGGGGUUCCAACAUGCAAAUGCAUGCCUAACUUCAAAGAGAAGGAUAGUAAAUGUGUAUCUUGUCCAGUGGGCUACUCUGGGGAGAACUGCAAGAACAAUGGUGAACUCAUCGCUAUAGUAGUGGGUACAGUGCUUGGAGCUGUUAUCCUGAUCUUAGUGAUAGCAAUCUCUGUUGUUUCAGUAAGAGCCAAACACAAACGAGAUCCAGAGAAGAAAAGCCUCAUAAAGUCAGGAUAUUCCAACUCAAAUACCUAUGAUGAUCGACAGACCACUAUGUUCCCCAGAGUCCAGACCACUUCUGGCCACAUGAAUGCAGGAUAUCAGCCAAACAACCCAUGUGAGAUGCGUCCCACAAAUAGAGAUCGUUUUCCAGAGAGGGAUUACGAUGAUUUGUACGAAGUAUCACGGGAGCCUGAGGGCUUUAGGAUGCAGAGGAGAUACUAA